AGUAGCUAUUAUAUAAUUCAGUAAGGGACCAACUUAUCCAUCAGAAAGGAUCUAAAAGAGAGAAAACAGACAAAAGCUCUUAUCUCCUUGACUAGGUUUUCUAUGGCUGACAUUUUGUUGUCUCAGCUUAAUUGACUGGAUUGACCCAUAGCUGUGAUGUCACAAGAGAGUAGUGCCCUCCAGAGGCAGAGGCUGAAGAGUAGCUGUUAUAUCAACAGCAAGGGACCAACUUAUCCACCGGAAAGGAUCCAAAAGAAAGAAACAGACACAAGCUCUUAUCUCCCUGACUAGAUUUUGACACGUGACAAUACAUUUCUUGAAUAUAUAUCCCAGCUGCAGGAGCAAAAAAGCUUUCAGUACUUCAGACAUCUGGGAGAGGGAGAUUUCUGUUGGACUUUGUGUUAACAGGAAUUAAGGAUUUCAUUUGGAUUUUCCCUUCCUGUCUCUUAGGAUUGUGAAAGCUCAACUUUGAUGUCCGAGAUGGAUGAUGCAGUGGCUAACACUUCCUUACCUGAAACCUCCAGCUCCCUGCCUGAGCCCCAGACCUCCACCAGUGUGGGUGGGAGUGGGAGUGAGUACUUUUACGUUCUGGUUGUCAUGUCCUUCUAUGGCAUCUUCUUAAUUGGAAUCAUGCUGGGCUACAUGAAGUCUAAGAGAAGAGAGAAGAAAUCUAACCUGCUUCUGCUCUACAAGGAUGAAGAGAGGCUCUGGGGGGAAGCCAUGAAGCCUCUGCCCAUUGUGUCAGGGCUGAGGUCAACCCAGGUGCCCUUGAUGCUGAACAUGCUUCAGGAGAGCAUGGGACCGGCUCUGUCGUGCACCAUCUGCUCCAUGGAAGCAGGCAGCGUGAGCUCAGAGUCAUCCUCCCCUGAUGUGCAUUUUACCAUCCAGGAGGAAGUGCCUGAUGAUGAACUAGGAGAGACCUCAGAGACACCCCUCCAUGAAAGCAGCGAGGGGUCUUCGGAGAACAUCCCUCAGAAUUCCUAGCACUCUGCAGUGACCUCCAGAGGUGGCCCUGUUAGCCAGCACACUUAGCACGAGGAAGGAGAUAUGCCCAGCAUCCGAUUCCACUUCUCCAGUGCAGCUACCACUUUAGAGAGACUCAUAUCUGGCCCCUGUCAUGGGUCCCAGGGUAGUGGCUCAACCUGAGAUGGCAGGAUCAAGGAAUCAAAUGAUGUGCUCGGGACCUGGACUUGGCAUUGAAAAAGUCCCACCAAGAGACACCAUUUGUAUAUUUAAUGCCAUACCUGGGUUUUUAAUUGUACCUGUUCAGAACAUGGUAUGAUGACGUUUCUGUUAUUUCCCUGGAUGCUUGUAAAAGGUACUGCCUUUGCUCAGAGUACUAUGCAAUGUCUAGGGCCAAAGCUUCAGCACUGGAGGUUAUUAAUCCAAGUUUCUCUUUGGUAGAAAAGGAAACUGAGGUUCAGAAAACUUCAAGUGACUGGUCUAAAAUCAAACAGGUAGUAAGUGGAAAAGUUGGGUUUGGCCUCCAAUCCAGGACUCCACCCAGCCUCUUGGAAUAGUGGAGAGAAUUUGCUUAAUACCAGGGAUUCCUUUUGAUUCCCUAAUGCCCCUAGAACUUUGUUCUCCUAGAUCACUGAUUAACUGUUUAGUACCUCUUCUGGGUUUCUUGUCAUUACAGACCAGGGCAGACUUCUUGCAAAGGCUGUGGAGGGUUAGGAUGAAAGACUUGACAAAGCCAAGUUUGACCGUGGAAAAAUUGAUCACCUGAACCUGAUGAUCUAUCACAUCUACUGUAAAAACUCUUUCUGUACUUAAAACCAUUUGAGACCAUUUCAACAGUUUACCAUCUGGGUCCUAAUCUGUAACCUCUGAGAACAUUUCAAUAAUUUACCAUCUGGAUCCUAACCUGUAAUCUCUGACUUUCUGAUGUCACUUGGCUGGGCUCUUUGAUUUGGGAGAUCAGCUUCUUUUGGGAAGGUAGCAUGAAACCAGGAAGCCUUAAUUUCCUUUGCAGCUGGCCGGCGUGGUUGGGGAAUGGUCUUGAUGUGUCCUCCUAGCUGUCACUACGGAGGCCAGAGCACUAUUGUCAACACCCCUUGUCUUUCUAGCCAACUCUCUUUGCAAGACAGACGUAAUAGGGGCCUUCUAAAUGUGGUUCUUUAUCACGUAGCUGGGAACAGGAAGGGCAUUCUCACGCGGAGAGCACGGGAAUGGGGGGCCAAAUCCCGUGGCCUCUGGUUCCUGGUUCUACCACUCAUUUGCUGUGUGGUCCUGGGCAUUGGCCCAAAGCCUUCGCGUCCUCAUUUGGCAAAUGAGUUUCAUAAUGAUACUUACUCCCCAGAGACAUGGGGGAGGAUUUCUUUAGAUUUUUAAGGCUCUGCAAUAAAUACUUCUCUGCCUGGGGUGAGGGAUGCUUUGGGGAGUACAAAAUAUUCUUCCCAUAGUUAGUUAGUGUUGGGGUGGGGGGAUGGAUUCUAUGGAUAAAGGAAUAGAUAGAGAUCCAGGGCUCCUGGUGCUGAGAGAACUUGGUUUUCCCAGGAAGGAAUCUAAGGAGUUGACAAUUCAUUUGGUCUGGAGAGUGUCCUGAUAUUCCCUGGAAAUAGGGUAUGCACAGAACUGUGAGACUGAUAUUUGGAUGAGUCUGCCAGUGCCUCAAGCAAAAGGAAUUGGAAGUUUAAAAGAAUGGCGUCCAGCAAUGCUCCUUAAAUGUCUUCACAUAUUCUUAUGUUAAAAUAACUUUGUGACCAUUUCCUUCUGGUGUUCUGAGCCUAGAAGAAAGGGAGAACACGUGAGACAUAGAAUAAAGAAAGAAGGAAAAAUAACGGGAACGAGAAAGCUGCAAAGGAGGGAGGGGGGAUGAGAAAAGGAGGGAAGGAUGACAGGAAGGAGACUGCUAGGAGUGGGAUGGGGGAUACAGGCUGCAGCCACUGUAUCCCUGUGCAAGGGUUAACAGCUGAAAAGUUGGAUCGUCACUCUGCUGUGUCAGAAAGACACAAGAAAUUUAUGUUUGGGAGGGGAAAAAAGGGCCCUCUUGGUCACUUAAAACGCAAAGAGUAGAUUUACUCCAAAGGGGGCUGUUUAAGUUUGAAAGAAGCCAAGUUAAGUUUGGCCCCUUGCCUGGAAUCACUUGAAUUCUGAAACUUUACUGAGACCGACAGACUUGCGAGUUGUCACAUUUUCCAUUACUUGCUUCAUCCCUGAGGUUUGGUGCAAGUCUAUCUGUGCCUAUGAAACAAACACGGUGUACAUACUUAUGAUUGUACCGAGUUGUAUAGAAUUGUCUCUUGUAUUUAACAGUUUGUAUUUUUCACAAAGUUUUUUUAUUUAACUAAAUAAACACAUUUUUUUCCUCCUA